AUGAGUCUAAAGCAGCUCUCCUCAAUCCUCCCCCUCGACGACGAAUCCCUAACCGAAAUCCUCGCAUAUACCGCCACCCUCUCGAAGGAAGAAGGCGCCGAGCACCUAAAGAACCUCCUGGGCGACUCACCCGCCGCUUUUGAAUUUAUAUCUGCGUUUAACUCGCGCCGCGACGAUCCUACACGCGCUUCUACCUCCGCUUCUGUCUCACAAUCGCCCCGGCCGUCGCCGUCGCACACCCCGAGUCCGGGCCCAGGAAGGAAGAAUAAGAAGACAAAAGCGCCGCUUCAUAGCGCUGGCCCGCCGCGGCAACCGGCAGAUUUCGGGAAUGUUGCGGGCGGUUAUAGGAAGGGGGAUAUGGAUGAUGAUUAUAUGAGCGAAUGGAGCGGGAGCGGGAGCGGGAGCAGGACGCUGGAUGUUGGACUUGGGUCGAGCUCGUUGAGGGUCCCGUCGCACCAGGGCUCUGCGGCAUCGUCGCGAACUCAGUCGCCUACGCCUACGACUACGGCCCCGCCAGGAAGAGCAGGGAAAGCUCCACCCUCCGCAGCUGGGCCGGUGAUAUCAGAUCUCCUGCCGAACGUGAAGUCCAAGGCGGCGAAGCCUUCUCGGACUGGAGGCGGCGGGGGCUCCAGCUCCGGCACAUCAACUCCCAAGGGCUCCUCCUUAACUACGAGUAACAUAUCCGAUUUAACGGCCGCGAUUGCGGCGCUGGAGGUCUCUACGAACCCGACGCUCGGCGGCGAGAGACGGAAAUGCACAUGCUACGGGACGCUCCAUCCGGUCUUUAACGCUGCGCCGAACUGCUUGAAUUGCGGGAAGAUUAUCUGCUCGCUGGAGGGCCUGCAGCCUUGUUCAUUCUGCGGGAGGGCAUUGCUCUCGAACGAUGAGAUUCAGAGUAUGAUUCGCGAACUGCGCGCUGAGCGCGGACAGGAGAAGAUGCGCGCGCAUAAUGAGAGCCAACACCGUGAUGGCGGGCCUGGGAUGGGACCGGGGUCGUCGUCUUCACAAUCGCCAAGCAAGCUAGACGCGGCGCGAGCGCACAGGGACAAGCUCUUGCAGUUCCAGGCGCAGAACGCAAAACGCACGCGGGUGGUCGAUGAGGCUGCGGAUUUCGAAACACCCUCCGUUGCAUCUACAUUGUGGAUGACGCCGUCGCAGCGAGCGCUGGCGCUCAAGAAGCAGCAACGGAUCAUGCGCGAGAUGGAGGAGAAGGCCAAGCCCGAGUGGGAGAAGAAGAAGACGAUUAUGAGUUUGGAUAUCAAGGGCGGUCGCGUCAGGAAGGUUUACCAGGCUGCACCGGCUGAAACUCCAGCGCCCGUGGAAGAUGAGGAAACGGAGGACCUAACUUAUGAUGUCGGUCGCCAGAGGAGCGGUGGUGAAGCGCUCAGUCGCAACCCUUUGCUUGCGGCGGGUGGACUCAUGAGACCUGUUUGGAAGGCGCCUGAGGAUAAAGGGAAGUCGGCAGAGCCUAGGGAGCGGAAGCAGACCUGGCGGAGAGUGCAAGAUGAUAGGGAUGACAACGAGCAGUGGAUUCUGGAUGGGGGGUUGCAUGGGUACAGUGAGUCCACAAUGGACGUAGAGCAAGAUUCAUGA